ACGCUGGAAUUAUUCCUUCUUAUUUUUUCUUUCCAAUUUUGCCCCUCAUCGUUUGAAACCCAAACCCUCUUUGCUUAAUUCUUUUUCGUUAGUUUGAUAUUGAACUGAGGAUAUUUUUUUUGGGUCCAUUUUGAUCUGUAAUUAUAAUUCUGUAAAUAUAUAUUUUUAAGAAAUUGGAAUCGGAACCCUAAUUCUUGGUUUUGGGAUCUGGAGAUUCCGAUGGCUGAUCGGGAGGAGGAGGAUCUUAGAAUGGCUCUGCGGAUGAGUAUGCAGAAUUCGCCGCCGGAACCUAAGCGGAGUAAACCCAGGGAUGCCCCUGCCGGAGCUCCAACCGAUGAGUCACCGGAGAUCAAGAGCCGCCGGAUUCAGCGCGAACUCAUGGCUGCCGCUGCCGAGAAGCGAUUGUUAGCCUUCAAGAAGAAUUCGCCGGCUUCUUCACCGGUCUCUGGCUCUGUGGCGGUUCCUGUUAUGGGUUCGGAUUCGGGGUCCAUGGCUGUCAAGAAAGAGAAGGAAAAGGAAAUUAGCGUUGGGGAUUUGAAUUUGGGGAAGGAGCUAACCGAAGCGGAAGCGAACCAGCUGUUUUCGAUGGUGUUUGGGGUUGAAGUCUCCAAGGGUAUUCUUUCGCAGUGGAGUAAUCAGGGUAUAAGGUUUAGCCCUGAUCCAGAAACAUCUAUGGGUCUGGUGCAGCAUGAAGGUGGGCCUUGUGGUGUCUUAGCAGCCAUUCAAGCUUUUGUUCUCAAAUACCUUCUUUUCUUCCCAGAAGAAUUAGGUAAAGCCGAACAAAAUAUGCCUGGAACUUUUGCUUCAAGGAGAUUAGCUAAUAGUCAAAUUGUUGCAUCAAACAAUUUUUCUUCUCUUACUGAAGAUGAAAAAUCAAGAGCCCUGAUUAGAAGUAUGGGUGAGAUAUUGUUCGUUUGUGGAAGUAAUAAAAGGGCUGUUAUUGCAACUUUGAGUAUUGUUGGACAUAACAUUGAAGAAUCUGAAGGCAAUUUGACGGACGAGAACAUGGCAAAAGUGCUUGAGGAUCUUUCAAUUGAAUCUGCUCUAGAUUUGCGGAAAGUUUUGAGAGUUAAUACUUAUACAUUGCAAGAGAAUGCUCUUCAAAAGCUUGAAGCAAUGAUUCCUGUAUUCCGGAGUCGAAUGGGUGCCUUGCUAUUCCUUAUUUCAGCUUUACUUUCUCGAGGACUGGAUUCUGUUCAAGCUGACAGGGAUGACCCCAGCUUACCUUUGGUUACUGCUCCCUUUGGACAUGCCUCUCAGGAAAUUGUGAACCUACUGCUCUGCGGUCAGGCAGUCCCCAACGUGUUUGAUGGAAGGAUGGAUUUAGGUGGUGGCAUGUUCUUAAAGGGCAUAUCUAGAACUGUAGAAGUUGGUUUCCUCACUCUGCUGGAAUCCCUAAAUUUCUGUAAAGUUGGUCAAUAUCUCAAGUGUCCGAAAUGGCCGAUAUGGGUUGUUGGGAGUGAGUCCCAUUAUACAGUUGUAUUUGCUCUUGAUACUUCUGUCCAAGAUGAGAACGAAUUGGAAGAAAGGGAAUCACAAAUUCGAAAAGCUUUUGAUGCACAGGAUCAGAGUGGAGGUGGCGGUUUCAUUAGUGUGGAGGGCUUUCAUCAAGUUCUCAGGGAUACAAAUACAAGACUUCCACCUGAGAAGGUCGACCACCUCUGCAGCACAGGUUUUAUUGUAUGGAGUGAGUUCUGGCAGGUAAUUUUAGAUUUAGAUAAGAGUAUGGGAGGCCUGAAGGAUUCAACAGGUUUAAUGGGUAAGAAGGUUUUCGAGCUUUACCAUUUUAAUGGGAUUGCAAAAUCAGAUUUGAAUGGUAGCCAAUUGAUAUCUAGAGAGACUCCAGUGCAAAGGCCUAGACUGACCAAAUUGAAGGUCUCAGUUCCCCCUAGGUGGACUCCCGAGGAGUACAUGGCCGAUGUGGCAGUAACCUCUAGUUCAGGUGGAAAUGAAUCCAGGGGAAAUGAAAAUGAAGUAACUAAACCCGAGCCUCCUCAGCAUGCCCCUUUGGUGGACUGCAUACGAACACGCUGGCCUCGUUCUGUAUGCAAUUGGGCAGGGGAUCCACCUAGCAUAGUCUGAAACUGUUUUGGUGGCUGUUUUCGGGGAUGCUUUGUGGUGCUCUUGUUUUAGGGGCACAGGGAGACACAUGCAAGCAAACAUUGGUGAGGCAGCAAGGAGAUGGGCUUGUCCUGGUUUCUAGUCUCGGGACACCGUCCAGCACAUGAAUAGGGUAAAACUUUUGAAGUUUUCUUCCGUCUUAAAUGUGUCGAUAGCACUGAAGCUUUUGCUUCUGUACAUUGUUGCUUCAUUCAGUACGAUUUUGAUAUGUCUUAACUAUUUGAAGUGAGGAUUCUGUAAUAUUGUUGUCUGUUGGGAAGUGUAAAAUCAAUUCAUAAAUUACUCUGUUGUGGUCUAGGGAAAAUUAGUUAUUGGGAAUGUGUAAUAAACAUCGAGUCUGUUUUGGCAUGUUACAAUUGUUGUAGAAGUAGUAUUAGAGUUUCACCUAUGUGGUGUUGAAUAGUGAAGUUUUUUUUAUUA